CGUGAUACAUAAAGUCGACGAUCUCCACGGUCCUGAAUCAGUUGCGCAAAUCAGCCUUCAAUACGACCGAAGUCACUGUGUGCAAGGAAUUUUUUCACAAGACAGCCAGCCAAGAACUACCCAUCGGAUACAAACAAAUCUUAUUUUAGUCAACAACCUACCCUGAUUUUCAUAUUUGCCAGGAAUUACGGAUUACAAGCAACUUACAGCACAAAACAAGUGGUAUCCGUAUCAGAGAGGAGUGGUAUGUUAUUCCAGUUGUGGAUCGCCCUACUUCUGGGUCUGGUUCCCAGUCCAUUUGGGAUCACCUCCGCGUUACCCAGCAUUCCCAAUCCGCAGAAGAAGGGAGCUUUUGAUCAGAUUCUACAAGCCAACUUGGGCACAGAGCGUGACUCCUUUUCCAGUCCACCGCUCCCAGAUAGCGUGUUUGAAGGGGAUAUCGUUUUAACUAAACAGCAGCUGAUUAAUAUUGAUAUUCAUGGCGAUAUCAGAGGCAAUGUUAGCAGAGCGGCCGACGGCAACGGACGUCUUAGAUGGCCGAACGGUAUCAUACCCUAUGAAAUUGACUGCAGCUUACAAAACAUGCCCGAUGCAAUGAGUGCCAUAGAUGCGGCUAUAAAGGAAUGGCAAAGCAAGACUUGUAUCAAGUUUGUGAAGAGAACAACUCAAAAAGAUUACCUUUGGUUCUUCCGUCAAAGAGGGUGCUGGUGUAAUGUCGGACGCAUUGGUGGAAAGACGUAUCUAUCAGUUGGAUUUGGUUGUGAAUACAAGCACGUGAUGGUACAUGAGAUCGGUCACGCGGUUGGUUUUUGGCACGAGCAAAGUCGUCCGGACAGAGAUAGUUACGUCCGGGUACUGAAACAGAAUAUACUGCCAGGUGUAGAAAGUGCUUUUGCUAAGUAUGGCAGGGACAAAAUAGAUUCUCUUGGUUUACCUUACGACUACGGGUCUAUCAUGCACUAUCCAUUUAAUGCUUUCUCCAAAAACGGUCAGCCAACGUUACAAGCCCUUAAACCAUUAAACGGCAAGCAACCUUACCAAAACCUGAGUCCACUGGAUGCUGAACAGACGGAUUGGAUGUAUGGUUGUAACGCGAAGAAACGAAAACGCAGACAAAGUGCAUGCUUCGAUAGCACCCAAAAUUGUUAUUACUGGGCGCGAAGAGGGGAAUGUAGACGAAAUCCACGCUACAUGAAUCGUUAUUGCAAAAGAAGUUGUGGAGUUUGUGGAACCACGGCAGUGUGUAGGGAUAAAGACUAUCGUUGUGCUACGUGGAGAAAUUAUUGCCGCACAAAUUGGUACACAAGAACAAACUGUAAGAAAACCUGUGGGCUCUGCCCCAAGCCUCCGACGGUGAGACCGAAGCCACCAACAGUGAGGCCCAAGCCUCCGACGGUGAGAACGAAGCCACCAACAGUAAGGCCCAAGCCAACGACUGUAAAACCCAAACCACCAACGAUGAAGCCGCAGACUCCUCCUCCACCAAAAACACCACCUCCUCCCAAAACCUCGUCUCCGCCAAACACGCCGCCUCCUCCUCAAACUCCUCCUCCGCCGAACACACCACCUCCACCCCAGACUCCUCCGCCGCCGAACACACCCCCUCCACCCCAGACUCCUCCGCCACCGAGCACGCCCCCUCCACCCCAGACUUCUUCUCCGCCGAACACUCCUCCUCGUCCUCAGACUUCUGUUCCCAAUACUUCAUCCACGCAUGCCCCUACCACAUCAUCUUCAGGGUGUUCCGCACCAACGGCUCUUGGGAUGGAAGAUUUCACCAUCAAGGACAGUCAAAUAACAGCGUCCAAGAGCGUUAACAGAUUUCAUGGUCCUAGCCAGGCUCGUCUUAACCUUCCGGUCGGCAAAGGUGGUGUAGGGGCCUGGUGCGUAGGGAAGCCGAACAACGAAGUGCACUUACAAGUUGACUUUUUGAAGAAAACCACCGUAACAGGAGUUGCAACCCAAGGAAGAGAAAGUGCAUAUCCAAAGUUUGUGAAGGAAUAUAUGCUCUCCUAUAGCGAUGAUGGAAAGUCGUGGGAUCUUUAUUCCAAGGUUUUUGUUGGAAACAGUGACAUGUCAACAGUCAAGACAAAUCAGCUAACAAGCCCAAUAGUUGCCAGAUUUGUCCGUAUUCUCCCAACUUCCUGGAAUACGGACAUUUGUCUCAGGGCUGAGUUUUAUGGCUGUCCAGUUCAGCCGACCAAUCCUCCGCCAGCAACGACCCCCAUGAAAUCCACAACGGCCACUGAGGCACCAUCUACUCAGGCCUCAACGACACCAAAACCAGCAUCAUCUAUUCGCCCACAGGCCUCUACGACACCAAAACCAGUCAAACCAACCACAAAGGUCACGCCACGCCCACCAAUAAUAAUACCAGAAAAGCCCACAGGCUUUAAGUGCGAAGAUCUCCAUCCAAACUGCGCAGAUUUUGCCAAGAGGGGGGAGUGCACCAAUAAUCCAGGCUGGAUGGGAGAAAACUGCAAGAAGAGUUGUGGAUCCAAAUUAUGCGAUAAAGAACCUGUUAGACCUCUUGCUCCAUGCUCCAGUCCGCUCGGAAUAGGUUGGAAUUUUAAACUGCCUGACAGCGCAUUUUCAGCGUCUUCGUCACUUGAUGUUGGUGGCGGCUGGGACAGCGGUGCGCGCAAUGCACGAAUGUAUUUUACUGACAGUUUUGAUUCCAAGCGAGUUGGGGCCUGGUGCGCAGCGACGCCAAAGAACCAAUGGCUGCAAGUGGACUUAGGAAUGGACAAACACAUUACAGCUGUUGGAACGCAAGGACGACACAAGUAUUACGAGCACGUGAAAUCGUAUAAACUCGCCUUCAGUAAGGAUGGAAACUCUUGGAGUUUCUACCAAACAGAUGGCGAAGACAAGGUAUUUGGCGGCAAUUGUGAUCACUUUACCCCUGUCUUAAAUUUCUUGCAGCGUGGCGUUACCGCUAGAUAUAUCAGAUUUUAUCCGGUGACUUAUAACUACGUCUGUAUGCGUGUAGAGGUGUACGGCUGUGACGUUUGAUUACAUAAUGUGUUACCCACUGAAAUAGCACUGUCUCCGAGAUGACACUACACGUUUUUUAAGUCCAUUACUAUUUACGAGUAGUUUUCUAUACGCUUGUUAACUUUACUCUUCAUUUCCUUCGCCCGAAUGUUUUCCUCAAUUUCCUUGAAACGGAAGUGGCUUAAACUUACAAAG